UCCAGACCAAGACGCAGCCUUUAUUUGUUGUUGCAGAAAAAGGGGCAAAAUCAUUAGGGAAGCAAGAUGAGGAUUACAAAGAAGGACAAAAGAGAUCAAUCUUCAACAUCUCCCUGUGCUCAUCUCAGAGCUGCUUACCACAAUUGUUUCAACAGGUGGUAUUCAGAGAAGUUUGUCAAAGGACAGUGGGGAAAAGAGGAGUGUGUUUCUGAGUGGCAAAAAUACAGAGCUUGCCUUUCUGUAAUAAAUCUGCAGAACCUUCUAGCAAGCAAAACUGAUAAAAUGUAUAAUGAUGGCAUCUGGAUGCAGACUAUUACCAUGCGCUAAAUUGCUGGAGAUGCAUAUCCAUUGAAUCUAGAAAUUUAUCUAUCCCAGGUUCCUCCUUUUGUUUUGCAAUUUCUGAUGUAGGAGAGGUUCGUUCUGUAGAAUAGAUGGAGAGAAGCCUGCUGUUGAAUUAUUUUAUGGGUUGUACCAUGUGAAUUUGAGGGCAUGGCUCAGGAAACUUGUUCUGACAUGCUAAUGUUGAGAAUUUCAAGUUAUAUGUUAGUUAUUUACAACAACAGAUUUUGAUUUGGAGAUCUUGUUCAGUUGCAUGUACUCAUUGAUGAUGAAAUACAGCCAGGUUUCUUGUUUCCUU